CGUCAUUCAGGCUGCGGCUGGCAGACAGGACGGACGUGCUGUGCCUCACUCCCUCUCCUCCCUCACUAUUACACCCAUUUCCAUGCGGCAUAUUUGUCGUGUGCGACGAGGUCACUGCUUCGUAGUGUAGAAAAGUAAACGAGGAGUGAAUACUGGCUGUGGGGGACGUCCUGUGUUGUGUAAGACGGAAACUCACGUACUCGAGGCCCUGAAGGUUAUGUGGUGAAAGUAACUGUUGAAGGGAAUAAUAUAUUGAGAGGACAUGUGUUUAGUUCUCGGGUGUUAGUGUACAGUUGAACACGUGUAGAGGAGUAUGGCGGUAGUGGUGCGGUGUGUGCCUGGUGGAGGGGUGUACUGGCGUGGCCGCAGGAGGGCGUGCGGCCUCACACUACGCACGGCCUCCUUCCUCAGCUCGGACAGGGUCGAGUACCGAGCCACACACACCUCCGAGAGGGAGAGGGCCAGGACCGUCGCCGCCUACUACAACCAGCCAGCCAUAGAAGCAGCAGCCCAGAAGAAAAGUGUGAGGCUAACACCAUCAGCCAUUCUUUACCAUGGAAGGACAGAUGAUGAGGCUACAACUAUUGUGGUCAGUGUGGACAAGGCUACGUCUGUCACUUCUCAUCCUUAUACAAAAAGUGCACAGUAUUUGCAAAAAGAGUUACCUGUUAGAAUUGCCAAAAGAGUACUGGCAUUUCGUAGCCUUCCCUUCAUCGUUGGCUGUAAUCCAAUCAUACUAGGAGUGCACGAGUUGUACAUCAGAGCCUUCAACAUUUUGAACAACUACGCACCAAUAACAUCCCGCGAUGAUGAAAUAAACUACAGCAGGAAGCUUGGUGAGCUCCUUGAUGACCACAAGGAUGUUGUGACACAGCUAGCUGCAGGGUUCAGAGAGUGCCGCCGACACUUUCAGGAUGAACAGUUGGUGGCUCGAUUCUUAGAUAAAACUCUUACGUCUCGUCUUGGCAUCCGUAUGCUUGCCCAGCACCACCUUGCGCUUAGGGAAAAUAAGCCAAAUUAUGUUGGAAUAAUCAAUGUGGCAAUGAAACUCAAAGAGGUAAUAGAACGAAGUUGCCAGUUUGUGACUCGUGUUGCCUCGCACAAGUAUGGCAGAGUCCCUCAAUUGAAGUUAUCUGGCCAUGUUAAUGCUGUCUUUCCAUACAUUGAAUUACCACUGGAUUAUAUCUUGCCGGAGAUCCUGAAGAACGCAGUACGAGCAACGAUAGAGAAUCACUCGGAAUUUGAGAUGAUUCAUCUCCCGCCCAUACACAUCACAAUUGCUUCUAAUGAAAUAGACUUCAUAAUCAGGAUCAGUGAUCGUGGUGGUGGUAUCCCUCAUCACCUCAAAGUUAGAGCUUUGGAUUAUAACUUCACAACAGCUAACAGCAGCAGUUAUUCUGAAUCAGAGCAACAAGAAGGUCUAUUCUCCAACAUGAUUGAGGCAGUAAAUCCUAACCCUGCAGGAGGACCUAUGCAUGGAUUUGGCUUUGGUCUGCCAACCUCAAGAGCAUAUGCCGAGUACAUGGGUGGUAGUUUAGAAAUUCAGGCCAUGCAGGGCAUUGGAACAGAUGUUUACCUUCGCCUGAAACAUAUCAACAGUCCAGGAGCAUCAUUUAGAAUUUAAAAAAGCAAAGUGUCUUCGUGUGUGGGUCUGCUACUGAUAUCUCCUGUAAAUAUAUCUUACCAAGAAAAACAAAUAAGGCAAGUAGAUAUUUUACCUUUUGAACUACUGUGGUCAUGGCUGGUAAGCCUUCUCACCCCCUCUCCCUUACAGUAAUAAUUUAAAGAGUAUGUGAAGAGAGAAGCAAAUUUUUUGUGAAAUAAAUGUGAAUGAUGAAUAGGUGGGAUAUAAUAAAUAAUGGGGUUGUGAUUAAUAGAUAUUUAAAGAGGAUUUUAUACAAAGUUGAAAGUUGGGUGAGAUUAGGGGAGGACAGUUGCUGGUGCAAUGAAAUCUUUAGUUAGAAAUACUAGAUGGGAAUAGAGGCAGAGGGCUGCAUAGUGAUGGUACAAGCCUGUGUAUGGAUGGCAGAGAUGUGAAUGUCUCAAGAAUUGGAGUGUUACAAAUGAACAAUCUAAGAGAUGUAGUAUUGUGAUAAUAGUAAAUAAUGUAAUGUUAUGGACAAAUAUGGAGUGCAUGAGUUGAUAAACUGCAAGGUUAAAGAGUGCUUUUUCAUAGAUGGUUGGGGGCAGUGUUGAAUGAAAUAAUAAAUUGAAGUCUUUGUCAAGUAAAUUUGAAGAUAGGAAAGCUGGGUGUAGUGAGCCUAUGAGAAAUAAAAUAAACACAAAGGAUAUGGUAGGGGGCAAAGCUGGGUGGAAGUAGUUUGCAAAGAGAAUCAGUGUACUGGAUGUGACUUCUUGAGUAGCACUGUACACCAUUGCACAGUGUGUUGCAAAGUGUGUUGGUUCUUAUUUAUCUGUGAUGUAAUAAGUGUGACAAUGUACAUUUUCUUUAAUAUAAUGAGGGGGGUUAUACAUACCAUAAAUAACUUCCAGAUAUUAAGAGGAUUUUUUUUAAUAGUUUCAAUGUGCACCGUUACUACUGCUGCUAGAAGUAGAAAGUGUUCUUAAUAAGUAUGUGUUUGUAUUUCAAAGAAAAUUUGUCAGUCUGAUGGCAAUGUUGCACAAUACAAUAUGGAACCAUGACAUACAGAAAAUUUUAUAAAUUAGCAGUAUUGGUUAGAUUGUAAAUUAAUGAGCAUUGCUAAAUAAACUAUUCUGGUGAAUAUUGAAUGUACAGAAUUAAAAUGAUGUAUAAGUUUUCUAAUGUAGGAGGGAGUGGCAAAUUUCCAUAAGGUGUGGAUAUUUCAUUUUUUGCACUUAACUACAGAAAAUGUUAACACAUCUGGCAUGUAAAUGAAACUGAAUUGUGUGUAUUUAGCAUGUAAAGUGUAAAUAAUAAACUACUGUAUAUGGUAUUCAAAGCUGUUUCAAAACAAGUAAUUAUUAAAUAGAAUGUGCUAAGCCAGGAUGGCCACGUAAUGCACUGAGUAAUAGUUUCUUGAUAGUCCUUAAGAUGCCAACACCUGCAGAAAGACUAAUGGAAUGUCAGGGGAAGUAAAGUCAGAGAAUUUUAUACAAAUAAUUACUCCAACCUUAGUCCAAAUACUGUACCAUGUACAGUAGUCAACUGCAGAACAUAAUAAAUUUCAAUGUUAUCUGAAUUUUGGACAUUUUACCAAUAGGAGUGUGAUCCUGGCUUGGUACCUUACUACUGCAUGUAUAAAAGAGUAACACGUUCUGAAUUAUGGCAAAGUGCUGGAACCUAAUAAUUGAGAGAUUGAAAUGAUCUUUUAUCUAUAUUAUCACAAUUCUUAAGUAUACAGUAGUAUAUUACCCAGAAAAUGGUCUUCCUAUAUAUACUAUAAGAUAACUUCACCUUCACACACACCUGCAAGUAUGUACCUCACAUACAUACCCAUGAAGUGUUAAAUGAUCCCACUGAAGUGCCACAGGAAUAAAAAAUUUUCAUACCCAUUACUUACUUAUUCCCAUUAUCACUUAAAGAUAAUGUAUAAAAGGUAUUUAUUAUAACUUUCACUUUGGAAACAAAGCAUGAUAUUGCUUAGAAAAUGUUGUGGUUGGCAAGUUAUCACAUGCAUAACAGUAUUGUAUCCUACCAUUGUAUAAAAUAGUACAAGUACCAGUGAACAGUAAUUACAUUCUACUUGUGGAAUUAAUUGUAACAUUGUACUAAUACUUAAUGUUUUUUCUGUAAUACAUAGGACUUGAUUAUGCAGCACUAUUACCACAUGUAUGUAUUCAGUAUUUAUUGGUGGGCAAGAAUAUAUUUUUUAAAUUUCUUAUUUGGGUAUUUGUAUAUACAUAUAAUAUUUGUUACACCUUAAAUGCAUAAAUCAUUGUCAUAUUGUUUAGAUCUUUUAGCCUGUGAUAUAGAUAGUACCUUAUAUAAUUAAUGUCGUUAAAAUACUGUACUGUGUUUUUGUUCAAGUUCAUAAUAAAUGGAUUUCUAUA